AUGGCCAUCUCAUUCAUCAGACAACAGAAAAAGAAAGAUGAAGUCAAAGUCAAUCUACCAGAACUCUUCAAGAGCAAACAAGAAAAAUUACAAGCUUUCUUAAGACAACUGCAUAUCUACAUGAAUAUAAAAGACAAAGAACUCAGUAAUAAUAAGAACAAGAUAAUAAUGGCAGCAUUAUACUUUUGUGAAGCAGCAUUUGAUUGA